GCCGGCGCGCGGAGCUGCCCGGCCGGCGCGGGGGCCGCGGGGGCCGCGGAGACGCAAGGCCAGUCGGGGAGCGGCCGCGGACCCUGCGCAGAUCUCGGGCGGCAGGUGCGCCUUCGGGCCCCGGGCGCCGCGGCGCGGGCGGUGGCCGAGGCUGUGGCGCCGCCGGCGCGCCCGAGGAUGCAGGCCAUGGACCCGGCCGCGGCGGAUUUUUAUGAGGAGGACGGCAAGGACCUAGACUUCUACGACUUCGAGCCUCUGCCCACCCUGCAGGAGGACGAGGAGAACGUGUCCCUGACCGAUGUCCUCUCCCUGCGCGACGGCGGCCUCAGCGAGCAGGAGGCCUGGGCCGUGUGCCUGGAGUGCAGCCUGGCGCUGAGGAGCGUCGCCCACUCGGCCCUCUUCCGCAUCCUGUGCAUUACGCCCGACACCCUGGCCUUCAACACCAGCGGGAACCUGUGCUUCAUGGAGCAGCUCAGCGACGACCCCGAGGGAGCCUUCGUCCCCCCGGAGUUCGAUGUGACGGGGAACACCUUUGAGGCUCACAUCUACUCCCUGGGGGCCACGCUGAAGGCAGCCCUCGAGUAUGUGACGGAGCCCGAGGCCGAGCCCAAGCUGAGCCAAGACCUGGAGGCGCUGCUGGGCCAGAUGCAGGCAGAGGACCCAAGGGACCGGCCCGACCUCCAGAGCAUCGUGGCGCUGUGCGAGGAGAAGCUGCAGCCUGCCUCGUCCUGCCGCCUGUGCCGGAGCCUCUCGGCCGCCGGGAGGAGGGUGCUGUCCAUCGAGUCCUUCGGCGCAUUCCAAGAUGUCAGUGAGAGCACCUGGAGGGGGAGACUCACUCCAAGAAGUGGGGGGCCAAAGAGGCAGCCGGGGGAUUGCCCUGCUGACCCAGAGGCCACACCUGCCCCAGAGGGCCCGCCCCAGACCCCAGCCAGAGAAGGCCCAGAGCACCCAAGGACCCUGCCUGCCAAGUCUCUGCUGUCGGCCCCUGUGAGAAACGGUGAAAGCCCCGGCCAGGAGGGGCUGGCCCCAGAGAGGGUGGCCCGCCUCAUCCUGGACGCCCAGAGGCCACCAGGUGACCAGGACACGGGCUUCCCGGAGAGAAGCCGCCUGCGGAAAGUGCAGACACUCCCCCGGCUCCCGCCGGAUGGCGACGGCCCUGAGACCAGCCCCCUCAGCCUGACGCUGACCAGCGUGGAAACCCAGCUGCCUGCAUCGGAAUUCUUCCCUCCUGACCCCAAGAAGGCCCUUCCAGAAGGGAUAAAUGGCCCUUCCAGCUUCCAGCCGCUGUGGCCCAAUCGAGAGCAGAGGCUCCAGGAGCAGGGGGCCAGAGGCGAGGGCUGCAGCGAGGAGCGGGGGGCGGGGGUGCCCAGCCGGGGUCCCACGGAGGAGAGACCCCUGCCCAGUUCCGAGGACCCUCGAGAUGCAAGCAGAGACCCAAGGACUCCCGAGGCUGAUGAUGAGAUUCGAGCCAGAGCUGGGGAGCCAGGCAGCGCGGCCACGGAGCAGGACGUCUCCCUUCAGGACCUCCUGUCCAAGCUGGGCCGGCCCUUCAAGGAGUACGAGCUGUGGGCUCUGUCCCACGCGUGCCUCAGCACCCUGCGGACCCUCGGCGAGCACCCAGCCUACCUGUGCCUGGACUCCGUGCUGCUGGCCGAGGAUGGGGCCGUGCUGUUCCGGCCACCUCUUGCCAAUGGUGCUUACAACUCGUUCUUUCUGGCCCCCGAGGUUGCAGAGCAGAAGCUGGUGACGGAAAAGGCCUCCGUGUACUGUGUGGCCGCGGUCCUGUGGACGGCAGCCAAGUUCAGCCUGCCCCGAGACCACAAGCUGGCCCUGCCACGUAGGCUCAAGACCCUCCUCUUGGACAUGGCCAGACGCAGCACCCAGGAGCGGCCGUCUGCCGCCGAGGCCAUCAAGGUCUGCAGCGGCUACCUCCUGCAGCGAGGCAUGGACAGCAGAAAGAUCUUAGCCCACCUGCGGGAGUCCACCUGUAAGGUCUACCAGGAGGACGAGAUCAUCGGUCUGCACGACGCGCUCUCGGUGGUUGAGCUGAACCCCGUUGAGGCACCUGCACCCAGGCAGGGCUCAGGCUUCAUGCGGGUCAGCAGCGACACCAGCCUUGUCGCCAUGCAGGGGCCGGUGCCCAGCCAGCCCUCCUGCCUCCAAGCGGCGACGUUGCUGCCAGCAGCCUUCACCUCUGAGGCCACUCACUAUAAGCCCAUCGUUCUCACUCCAGACACGGGUGUCGACAGGGACUCGCUCGCCCUGUCCAUGGGGCCGGAGGAGGGGAGAGGCUGGCUGGACCGGGUGGGUGACGGGAAGCCAACUCCUGAGGCCCACGGAGCGGCCACUGGCCUGAAGACCCUGGACCAGCCAGAGCCUGGCCCCCCAGACCCCCUCAGAGAGUCAGUGCCAAGAGAUGCAGCCCAGGGGCCCCCCUGCCCCCCACCCCCUGUCCCAGCCAGCCCACCCGAGAGGGCAUCACUGGCGACGCCCAAGCGCUCAGCCCCUGCCCCAUCCCUGAAGGCCCAGAGGCCAUCCCCAGAGCGAGGCCCAGAGGAGCCCAUCCCCAGCGGAGCCCCCGGAGGCCUCGGGCCCUGCCCCCCAGGGCCCCCCGCCACCCCUCUCAGCCCACACCCUGCAGCCCAGCCGCCCAGGAGUAAGGCUGCCCCCGGCCCAGACCAGGAGCCCGAGGUUCCCCCAUCAGCCCCACGGGGCCCCUCCCCGGCCACAGUGAAUCCAGACAGCCCCAGGGGGACCCCUGUCAGGGAGCAGGAAGGCCAGGCCCCAGAAGGUCACCCCGAGCGGCCCCAGCCAGCAGACCGCAAGCUCUGUCCGUCCAGCCUGGACACUGCACCCCUCCCAAAGGGGACAGCCUGCCCAUCGCUGCAGGAGGCCACACGCCUCAUCCGGGAGGAGUUUGCCUUUGACGGCUACCUGGACAACGGGCUGGAGGCUCUGAUCAUGGGGGAGUACAUUUACGCCUUGAAAGACCUCACCUACGCCACUUUCUGUGGGGCCAUAUCGGAGAAGUUCUGUGACCUCUACUGGGGGGAGAAGCUGCUGCAGAGCCUGUUCCGGGUGGUGAACGGGAGGACCGCGCCCUCGGAGAACACUUCUGAGGAGGCCGGCUCACAGCCCGACGGUGAUGACGGGCCCAGCGCUCUGCAUAGCGGCUCGCCAUCCAGCAGACGGCCCUCUCCUCUCGGGGCGGGGAAGGAGAAGCCGGAGGCAGACUCGGACGAGCGCUCACGGGGCAACUUCGAGGUGGCGUUUCGGCCUCAGAAGUCGGUAAAAGCCGGGAAGGAGCCGCGGCCCGAGGCGGGCGGGGACCCGGCCUCGGGUUCUGAGGCGGUGGCCCAGCCGGCCAGGCCCGCAGAGGGCGGCCCGCGCGUGAACCCCGGCCCGGCGGCCUUCCAGAGCUGCUGCCCCGGCUGGUGCAGCGCCUUCUACGAGGCCGACUGCUUCGGCCCCGAUGUGCACAACUACGUGCAGGAGCUGGCGAGGCGCAAGGCCCCCGGGUCCCCGGACGCCCAGAGCCCGGAGCUGGAGCAGCAGCUCAUGAUAGAGAAAAGAAACUUCCGGAAGACCCUCAAGUUCUACCAGAAGCUCCUACAGAAGGAGAAGAGGCACAGAGGCUCCGAGGUGAAGACGAUGUUGUCCAAACUGAAGGGGCAGCUGGAGGAGAUGAGGUCCAAGGUGCAGCUCCUCGGGCUGGUCAAGAAGUACCUACAGGUCCUGUAUGCCGAGAGCUGGGGCCUGGAGCCCUGCGCCCUGCCCGUGAUGGUGAACAUCGCGGCUGCGCCCUGUGACGCACUGGGCUUCAGCCCCCUGGACGAGUCCUCGUCCCUCAUCUUCUACGACGUCAGCAAGCAGCCGCGAGGCAGCCGGCAGAGGAGGGCGCGCGUCCUGCAGGCCGGCACGCCGCUGGGGCUCAUGGCCUACCUCUACUCCAGCGACGCCUUCCUGGAGGGCUACGUGCAGCAGUUCCUCUACACCUUCCGCUACUUCUGCACCCCCCACGACUUCCUGCACUUCCUGCUGGACCGCAUCAGCAGCACCCUGUCCAGGGCCCACCAGGACCCCGCCUCCACCUUCACCAAGAUCUACCGGCGCAGCCUCUGCCUCCUGCAGGCCUGGCUGGAGGACUGCUACGCCGUGGACUUCACAAGGAACGCAGGGCUCCUGGGGAGGCUCCAGGACUACCUCUCCUCCCAGGUCCUGCCCCUGGACAGCUCCGCGGAGCACCUGCUGAGCCUCCUGGAGGUGGGCACGGAGCGGCGGGCCGAGGGCACCCCCCCCCGCAGCGCAGACCUGGAGGACCCCAAGGAGGCGGAGGACACCAGGCCCCUCGCCGCCCUCUGCAAGAGGCUCUCGGAGGACGGUGGCUCCCGGAAGGCCUUCCCCUGGAGGCCGUCCCGAGGCAACGGGCUGGCGCUGCCCCACCACAAGGAGCGCCCGUACACCAUUGCGUCGGCCCUGCCCAAGCCCUGCUUCUUCGAGGACGUCUAUGGCCCCUACGCCAAAGCCAGUGAGAAGGGGCCCUACUUUCUGACUGAGUACAGCACCCACCAGCUCUUCAGCCAGCUGACGCUGCUGCAGCAGGAGUUGUUUCAAAAGUGCCAUCCUGUCCACUUCUUAAACUCACGGGCCUUGGGCGUCACAGACAAAAGCGUGGCCGUCCAAGCCAGCUCCUCCGAGUCCCUGUCGGCCAAAACCUGCAGCUUAUUUCUGCCUAAUUACGUCCAGGACAAGUACCUGUUACAGCUUUUACGAAGCGCAGAUGACGUCAGCACCUGGGUGGCCGCCGAGAUCGUGACCAGCCACACAUCCAAGCUGCAGGUAAACUUGCUCUCCAAAUUUCUGCUGAUCGCAAAAUCUUGCUACGAGCAGAGGAACUUCGCGACAGCCAUGCAGAUCCUGGGCGGCCUGGAGCACCCGGCCGUGCGACAGUCCCCAGCCUGGAAAAUUCUACCCGCAAAGAUAGCGGAGGUCAUGGAGGAGCUGAAAGCCGUGGAGGUCUUCCUGAAGAGUGACAGCCUGUGUCUGAUGGAAGGGCGGCGUUCCCGGACCCAGCCCACCCUGCCCUCCGCUCACCUCCUGGCCAUGCACCUCCAGCAGCUGGAGACAGGGGGCUUCACCAUGACCAACGGGGCCCACAGGUGGAGCAAGCUCAGAAACAUCGCCAAGGUGGUGAGCCAGGUCCACGCCUUCCAGGAGAACCCCUACACGUUCGCUCCCGACCCCAAGCUGCAGUCCCACCUCAAGCAGAGAAUCGCGCGCUUCAGCGGAGCCAACAUCUCCAUCCUGGCCGCGGACAGCAGGGCCAGCCCCCGGCAGGUGGCCAGCGAGAAGCACCCCAGGAAGAUUCAGGACAAGUUACGGAGAAUGAAGGCCACGUUCCAGUAGCGGAGGGAUGGCAGGGCUGGGUGUGGGGCUCCCGACCAGAGACGGACUGGGCGGGAGGGCUCUGUUUCGACAGGCUCCCCCGUGGCCAGCGUGAAGGGGGGGGGGCCCAGGGCUGGGGGGUGGGGAGGCAGAGCCCAGUGCAGAUGCAAACCCGAGAGCCCGCACCAGUAGAGACCCAGGGAAGUUCCCACUAGCAUGUAAAAAUUACAUUUAGGAGGUUCCCGUUGUGGCAUAGCGGGAACGAAUCC